GCCCUUUGUAAUUCCAGAUUCCCGAACCUUCAAAACCCCUUUUCCUAGAGAGCGUAGUCAAGAGUCAUCAUCUUCUUCUUCUCCAGUAAUGAUGGUUACUUCAGCGAUACCAAGCCACUUCAAUCUCAUCCCUCCGACGGUCCUGGAACACUCAACUGCCUUUGCUCCUGCAACGCUUAGGCAUCCCAAAACCAGAAAGAAGAAACCAUUACUUUCUAGCACCACCCUAUUCCACGUUCCUCGUGAUAACGCCAUGGUCAAAGAAUGCCCAAGUUGUCCUGUGCGCACAAGGGCAUCCAGUGAUGGUGGCUCCGGCCGUGAUACAACUCAUCAGCAGGAGUCUACUAACACCGAGACAGAGAAAAACAGUAGCUCAUCCCGCUUGGGGGACAGUUACAUUCCGUUAUUCAUUCGGAUGCUCGGGCUUGAUAAUGAUCCCCUCGACCGAGAACAAGCCAUAGUUGCAUUGUGGAAGUAUUCGCUUGGCGGAAACAAAUGUGUGGAUAACAUCAUGCAAUUUCAGGGAUGUAUCAAUCUCACCAUUAACCUUCUAAACUCAGAGUCUAGUUCUUCAAGUGAAGCUGCUGCGGGGCUUCUGCGCUCUAUAUCUUCGGUGAAUCAAUAUAGGGCCGUGGUAGCAGAAAGUGGGGCCAUUGAAGAGAUUAAUGGUCUGCUUAGUCAACCAUCCUCGACUUCCGAGGUUAAAGAACAAAGUAUAUGUACUCUGUGGAACUUAUCAGUCGAUGAGAGGCUCAGAACUAAAAUUGCAAGCAGCACUAUCCUGCCGUUACUUAUUAUGUCUUUGAAGAACCAAGACAUCAGAGUGAAAGAAGCAGCUGGUGGAGUUCUAGCCAAUUUGGCAUUGACUUCGUCCAAUCACAAGGUCAUGGUUGAAGCAGGGAUUAUCCCUAAGCUGGCUGAGUUCUUAAAAUCUGAUCCCGCGGAGGAAUAUAAGGUCAUCAGAAAGGAGGCAAGAAAUGCUCUUCUGGAACUUUCCAAGAAUGACUAUUAUAGACUACUUGUUAUUGAAGAAGGUCUCGUCCCUGUCCCACUGAUUGGUGCAGCCGCCUAUAGUUCAUUUGCUCCAUCUUUGCUUUCAUGGCCGAGUUUGCCUGAUGGGACCGAGAUUGAGCGUACAGCCAGAGGUCCUUCAAGGUAUGGUGCUUCUGAGUUACUCCUUGGACUAAGUGUUGAUGAGAAGAGUACUAACAUACAGGAGGCAAAGAUUCAAGCUAUGAUAGGGCGUUCCAAGCAACAAUUUCUUGCUCGGACUGGGGCCAUAGAGAUUGAAGAUAACAAAUUAUCAAUAACUAAUGUGCCUAGCGAGAGGCAGUUCACUCUCUUACCUUGGAUAGAUGGUGUGGCUAGAUUGGUUUUAAUCCUUGAGCUACAGGAUGAGUCCGCCAUAUCUCGGGCUGCAGGGUCAAUUGCAGAUGCAUCAAUAAAUGAGCAUAUGCGUACAUCUUUCAUGGAAGCUGGAGCAGUCAAGCAUUUAGUUCGGCUCUUGUAUCACAACAAUGAUUCUGUCCGAGUGCCUGUGCUAGGUGCUCUGGUGAGGUUGUCCCCUAGCUAUGUUGUUUGCCAGAAAAUUGAAGAAGAAGGUGUUAUGACUCCCUUGAUUAACUUCAUUAAGAACUCAAAGACAUCAAGUGAUUCUGUUGAAAAGGCAUUGGAUUUACUAGCUAGAAUUAUGGAUCCAAGUAAAGAAAUGAAAUCAAAGUUUUAUGAUGGACCAGUUAAUGGCUACAAAGGAAGAAUGGAUGAUGUAGGAGGCACUGAAACAUCUGUUGACACCGUGUCAAAUCUAGAUAACAGACUUGAGCUGCUUGACACUUCUGUCAUUGCUCACCUUGUUGAGAUGCUGAGGCAUUCAUCUCCAAGCUUACAGCGGAAGGCAGCUACAGUGCUCGAGUUUAUGGCAAAUACUGAUGCCGGAAGGAAUGCUGUCAUCUCAGCCUCUGUUGAAUCAGGUCUACAUGCUGCUUUUCAACAGAGUGCAUUGACUGAAAUAAAUUCUGAAGAUGAAAUUGAGGAGCUGGACAUCCUUGAAGUGGAAGAAGCUGGUCUUGUCAUAUCUGCAGCAUCUCAGCUACUGGCCAAGCUCCUUGACUCGGACCAAUUUCGCAACAGGAUUGACUUAACCCAGUUCAGUCAAUUGCUCCGCGAAAUCCUGAAGUCAAAUCAUCUCCCUCUCCAUCACAAGGACUGGGUCUCUGCUUGCCUGAUCAAACUGAGUAGUUCGCUCGGUAGUAUUCCUAACUACACACAAUUGCGACAAGAUCCCACCAUAAUCAACACUGAAGUAGUAACACUUUAUGAGACAAUCCCAAGACUAGUGGAGAAGCUUCUGGCCUCAUCAUUGUCCUCUCCCAUUGAAGAGAUCACUGCUGCUGUUGUGGAACUCAACAGAAUCAUCUCCGGAGGAGAAGUGGUUGCUGCUUCUCGAGCUGUUGCUUCUACAGGUGGCAUCUUUCCGUUGGUGAAGCUGCUGGAAAGAGGAGGGAAUGAUGAUGGGGUGGUGGUGGAUGCGGCAGUGUCAAUACUCUAUAACUUGAGCAUGGAUAGCGAGAACCACCCGGCAAUUAUAGCUGCCGGAGCAGUGCCAGUUCUGAGGAGAAUCAUUUUGUCGCAGAGACCUCAGUGGAAGAAAGCUCUGCUUCUGCUGAGGGCUUUGCCCACAUGAGAGGAAAAAACUAUUCCGAGGAAAUGGUGAGAAGAAUUCUCGACUCUCUUUUGUAAACUAGUGACAUUUGUCUCUGUAGAUUAUAUUAUUUGCACUUCUCAAAAUAAAAGAACCAUAGUUUGCGGGUUAGAUCACUUGAAUAGCAUUUGGUCAGGUUUAUUUUUGCGUUGUGUUUGGUAAAAACUAGGGUAAUCUCUUUUAUUAGUCAAAUCUUUUUUGUAUUCUUUUAUUAGUCAAACCGAUUGAAAUAAUUUUAAUUAGCCAAA